AUGGCUACCGAAACAGAGAAAACCCCUAUGCAGCUCUACUGGCAGGCUUACAUCAAGUUUGUUUCUGAUGUGGUAGGUAUUGGGCAAGCUGGAUCAAAUGACAGUCGAGUUCUAUUCAUCUCGCCAGCAAUAACUUCGAGUGUGGCCGCCUCAGCGUUCAUUCCAACAGCUGCAACCAACUGGGAACUUUACAACAAGGUCAACGCUCUCUUGAAUCCCGGUACGGACAGUGCCUUCUACGAGCCUGUUGCAUCGAGCAGCUAUUUUGACAGCCUUUUGAAAUACCUCAUGCUGGUCGACAUUCCCAAUUCUCUCACUCCAGGAGCCAAGAAACGUCUUGAAGAGGCAGAGGAGGCAAUGUUCGAUAGCUUUGACAAAAAGGAAGACGAGUUAGCCAAAGCUGAAUGGAGAUACGCAGAAGAUCCGAAUCCUAACAAACUUCCGUUCACUCUGUGGGCUGAUGCCAAGGCACCCAGAUAUAAAGCAGCGCUCCAGAAGUAUAAUGUGUCGGCAUCCAAAUGGGAAAGUGCCAUGAAUGCUGCCUCAGGUGGACUUGGAGAAAUGGAUUUGCAAAAGGAUAAAACGAGGUUCAUCAACAUUCACAAUGCCAACGAUCCAGGCGCAGAUCCUGCGGCUAACCGCAUUGUCGGGUGUAUGCCCGCCUACGAAAUGCAGAUUGGAAAUCUUGAGCUCUUGAUUCAGAACGCUUCAAGAACGGACAAUCCUCAUCCAGUGGAAGAACCCAAAGACCAAGAUGUUCGCUGGCGAGCAAGUUACAGCAUUGACCCUACGUAUAGAAGCACGAUGGACGAAUGGGCACGAUCAUUCGACACAACUCCGCCGCAGAAACAGACACUUGAGAUGAGUGAAGGCCGAGAUUUCCGCUGGCAGAAUUACGGUCACAAAGAGAUCACGGGUGGUGCAAGCGUGAGCUCCUAUGGACUCUUUCGACUUGGUGCACAGCACAAUCAAUCCGAGAAGUUUGACAAAGUCACAACAGAGUAUAGCAGCAGCGACAUAGAGAUUACCAUCACUUGGAGAGCAAUGCGUCUGUUCAAUGUCAGUCCAGGAAUAUGGGAUAUCCCAGAUAUAUACAGCAAGUAUCCUACUCUCAAAGCAGAUGCUGUACCACCAAACCGUGAUUUGAUCCGACCGACCCAACUUCUUUGCGCUUCGGGUCUAGGCGCGACUAUCAAGUUUAGUGAUCAGGCGAGAAAGUCCAUGGACGAGCAUAUCACCAAAGCUUCAAGCACCUCCGGCAGCGGUGGUGUGCGUCUUGGUUUCUUGGGGUUCAAAGCAAAAGCGAAGGGCGGUGUGUCGAGUACAAGCACUACUGACGUGCAUGAGUUCACCUGGAAGAGUGAGGUUGGAGAGCUUAUCAUUGAGCCGACUCCAAAUUAUGGAUCUGCACAGCUGCUUGCAGUUGUGGGACAGAGAUUGGCCACGGCUUAAAAUGUCAAAUAGUAUCAUUAUCAUAGUGCUUGUGCGAAUUGGGGACAGUAUUACUUAUCAUAUGGAAGGCCUAGAAUCAUCAGGACACAACUUGUGCUUGUUAUUCUUUCCUCAUUAAAGGACAACAUUCAGCUUCGAGAUCCAUCGAAGAAAACUGCGACUCUCAUCGCAUUCAAUUCUAUAAACCAUUAAGUAAAUAUAACUUCGUACCUGAUUCCCUUAUUACCACAUCUAUGUCCAUCCCUUCAUACCGCCCUCGACCUCAACCGCAUCCCCUGCAUCCACAUCAUAAUCAUAAUCAUAAUCAUAAUCAUACAACAGCCCCGAACCCUCCAUUCCCAGUAUUACUCGGUCCCCCGGGACCCGGCCCCGGACUCCCCUGCUGUGCACUAUACUUCGGAGCAGCAACCUUCUCAUCCAGAUUUGGGGCAUUGACAUCCGUGACACCACUGAACUCUCUCCGUGGCCCAUCAGCCGGAGUCAUAUCCUCAGCCAUGGCAUCUUCAUAGCUGGGCGGUACGUCGUCGAUAGCUGGCGCGCCGGGUGUGCCGAGUUGUGGUGGGUAGGCGGGGUCUUGUGGCCGGACGGGCGUGGCGUUCGGCCGGUUGGGUAUUGUAGGGGGAGGGGAGUUUGCUAUGGCGUCUAGGAGGGCGGCGGGUGGGUGGAUUCCGGAGAAGAUUUCGACCUGGAAGCGAAGCGGGAGGGUGAUGGUUUGAGGCUAGAGGCGAGGUGUCAGUGAAGGGGUUUGUUGAUAUUUAUCCACAAGCGAAACUUACCUGGAUUUGCCCCGGCACGCCGU